UCGAGUGCGCAGUGACGGAAGCCUUUUGGGUAUAAAAAGCUCCUGGUGUACGGGAACCGUCAGUUUGUUUGUGACGACUUGACAUCUGGCUGCGAUUCAGCUCCUGAUUCCACUGAAACAGUCUCCAUGAUGAUGAUCUCCAGCUGUGGUAGAGGAACUUCAUUCAGCUGCUUCAGCUGCUUGGCUCUUCUCCUGGUCUUGCAUUGCCAUCAAACUAACAGGAUUCAUGGUCAGAAGUCUGUCUCUGCCCUAACUGUGGUGGAGAAUACAGAGGGAAGAGGAGGUGAUGAAGAAGAGGAGAAGGAGAAGGAGGUAAAUCUAAAGGUGGUCCAACCUACUGAGCAGUGGCAAUCACUCAAACCAGGCCAGGCAGUCCCAGCAGGUUCUCAUGUGAGGCUGAAUCUGCAGACAGGUCAGAGGGAGGUCAGACUUGGAGAGGAGCAGCUCAAAUACUGGACCCAGGAGCACCAAAGGGACACAAAAGAGACCGGGUCCUUCUUCAGUCCUGAUGAACUGAAACAGGCCAUGAAGAAGAUCAAGGAAGACCUGAACCCAGUGAGCAAAGACCCAGACCAGCAGGUGUCUAUGUACCGCCCCUUAGAGGAGUUGAAGAGGGACAUGGCUCAGUUGGACCUGCUUUUGGAGACGGAUGUUCAGAUAAUGAGGCGUCUGCUUGAACAGUUCAACAGCAGCAACUCAACUGCAGAGCAGAGAAUGAACAUCCUGCUAGAGCUGGAGUACCUGGUGCACCAGGUGGACAAUGCUCAGACUCUCUGCUCCAUGGGGGGUCUCCAAGUGAUUCUAGAGGGUCUGAACAGCUCUGACUUGAGACUACAGGAGAACUCUGCCUUUGUUCUGGGAUCUGCUUUAUCCAGUAACCCAGUGGUCCAAGUGAAAGCUGUGGAGAGUGGUGCUCUGCAGACACUGUUGACCGUGCUGGCCAUUGCUCAGCCACUCAGAGUGAAGAAGAAGGUCCUGUUUGCUGUGGCCUCCCUCUUACGUCACUUCCCCUAUGCACAACACAACUUCCUGUCACAUGGGGGACUUCAGGUCCUAUCAGAGCUGUUCAGGGCAGAUGGAGACGGAGUUCUGCGACUGCGCAUUGUCACCAUGUUGUAUGACAUAAUCAGUGAGAAGGAGCUGAUCUCCCAAGCAGGUUUGGACCUGGUCCUGGAUGCUGCUCAUGACGAGCGUGUGCGGCAGUACUCUAAGGUGUCCCUGGAUGGGGAGCUGCUGGAGAAGGGCUGGUGCAGUCUGGUCCCACAGCUGCUGGAGUCCACUGAGCAUGACUACAGAGAGAAGGCUCUUCGGGCUCUGUUGGCGAUGGCUCCGAUGUGUUUGGACCAGUACCGCUCAGACAGCUCUCUGAUGGACUCUCUGCUGUCUCUCCGAGACCAGUACCAACACAUGGUCCAGUCUGAGAUGAUUCUGGGAGAGGAGAACAGCUACUUCACAGAGUUGGUAGAACUUAUAGAUAAACUGCAAGUCAAAAUGAAAACGAAAUGACCAGCGGAGUGACCACACUGUGCAGAGGAGCACACAGACUGAUAUAGACUGAUACAGAAUGACUGACACAGACUGAUGGAGACUGACACAGACUGAUACAGACUGAC